UCUUGCUGCGCAGUUCAAGUCGUGCGUCGUCGUUAUCAUUCUUACGUUGCACUGAAAGUCAAAAUAUAACUGUUUUCGAAUUAUUUUCGAGUGUUUUUUGUUAUUGUGCGGCAUUUUGUUAUAAAUUCAUAGUAAAGUGAGGAUUCGUGAUGGCAGUCAUCUUGGCUGUGUUGUCGGUUUUUGGAGCCGUGCUGAGCUAAAUCCGCGCUUGAAAUGCAUUAUGUAUGAGAAUGUCUUAUGUGUGACUGCGUAUUAGUCUUGAUGAAAAUGCGCCAAGACUGACACCAUCGUAAGCUUGGACUAGGAAUCGUCUACGAAUAUCACGUCCUCAGAGAGGAGGACUGGCAUCAGGAUGGCCCUGAAUCAGGGCAAAUAUAAGCCAACCGUUUGCGCCAUUGAUGAGGUGGAUGAUCGGAGCUACAAACAUAAUAACGCUGUCUUAGAUGAUGAUCGAGGCGCAACAAAACAACAAAUCGAGGGAAGCGAAAAAGCACCCUUGACUACUAAUCAGCAAAAGUUGCACAUGGAUGAUGCAACGCUGACGACGAAGGAUUUGGAAGCAGCGCGUAAAGACGCACUCAGUAAUGCCGCUAAUAGUGCCACUGAUACCCCAAACUCGGCUCAUGCCUCGGUUAAUGGACUCCGAGCGUUCCUGCUUCCAGGGCGCCUGUCCUUCGAUGCGCUAAUGCGGUUAUCCAGAAAGCGGCGCAUUCUGUAUGUGACGACUGCUUGCCUGUGCGCCCUUCUCUUCGUCAUUAUUAUCAUGUUGAUUGCGUUUUGGCCGGAGGUGCCGUUUUACUUACGUGCGCCUCUCUGCUUGGAACGGGAGUGCGUGGAGAGCAGUCGCCAGCUGCUUUUGUGGGCGAAUACCUCGCGCAGUCCUUGCCAUGAGACCUACGAAUGGGCAUGUGGAAGUUUUGCUCGCGAAUAUGCCAACGGAGAAUAUUUUGUGAUCAAGCGAGGCGAGUGGAACUAUAAGACUUACAAUGAGUAUCAAGAACUGGAUGAACUGAAUCGCUUCAUCUCUAUGCUUCCUAGCGAGGCGGGAGGCGCUUACUCUGUGGAGUCUAUGAUAAGCAGUCUAUAUCGUUCUUGUCGUCAAAUCGAUGUACUGGACAAGAGUCAGUCGGAUUUGCUGCUCAAAAAAGCCAUACAAUCUGUUGAUGGCUGGCAGGCCUUUCGUGAUGUCGUUCGCCUACACAAUUGGGAUUAUAGACAUGCCCUGAUCCAUUUGCAGGUCAAAUACGGCAUCUUUCCGUAUUAUCGCGUCAGCAUCGACAGUGCAUAUAAUAAUCCGCAUGACUCUAUCAUCAUACUGGACGAGGGCGAUAUUGGACUGCCAGACAAGUAUUUCUAUAGCAGCGAUGCGGACAACGAGGUAGUGCGGGGCUACAAGCUUCUGCUUCGUGACUUCGCUAUAAACAUGGGUAUUGUAUCACACGAAGCAGAUCUUUUUGCGAAUGAUAUGUUUCAUUACGAAGAACGCAUAGUCAAGCACAUCGAGGCAGCCAAGAAGCGCAGCGACCGGCAGCUGAACAAGGUCCUGAGGUUGGAGGAAUUAAAAACACAUGCUCCAUCGUUGCCUAUACUGGAAUCCCUACAAACCCUCUUCCCACACACCAAAAUUAGCGAAGACACCGAGGUUCUGGUUCGCGAUGUCAAAGUAUUUGAAGAGCUUUCCACUCUGCUCUCAACAUCGGAUAAAAGAUCCAUUAAUGAUUUCAUUAUCUGGUCGUUGGCACGUCAAUUAUUACCACAUUUGUCGAAGGAGUAUCGCACGUUAGCCGAGAACUUCGACCAUGCUAUUUAUGGACGCACGGCCAGCUAUCCACGUUGGCUUAUAUGCAGUAAAGUGGUGCGAGACUGGCUGCCAUUUGCAGUGGAUGCACUGCAUCAACAACCACGUCAGCAGCAGUUCAACAUGGCAGACGCAGUUAGUGAUUCAACGGCAUCCACCCUCAACAAGAAUCAAGGCAACGAGGAAUUCCUACGCCUUAUGUUCUAUAGCCUUCGCAAUCAGCUGCAAGAUUCCCUGGCGAAGGUCCAUUGGCUCCCACCUCCAGCGCGCCAGUUCAUCAACAAGAAGUUGACUGAAAUGCGCCUACAAUUUGGGAUACCCGACGAGGUGUUGCAGAACUCCACCUAUGUCAAGGACUACUACAAUGAACUGCUCCUCAAUAAUUUGUACUUUGUCGAUCACUUGGAAGCAAUUUGGAGUUUCCGCAAGUCACGCAUGGAGCAGAAACUUAAGCCGCUAAGCAUUGAGGAAAUCAUUGUGUCCGAGAUGUAUACCCGCGAGAUUCCGCAAGCCAUUGUCUACUCCAAUAAGCUCAACAUGUUGCUGAUCUCACGUGGCUUAGUUAGCUCCAGAUACUACGACUAUCGGUUUCCGGUCGCUGUCAACUUUGCCCGAAUUGGCACCGACAUUUUGGAAGCGCUUGUCGACAACUUCUCCAACUUCGUACUGCAGUUCAAUGCCCAGAGCAAUGACCUCGCCGACGAGGUGCCUGAGCUUGAGUAUGUGAGUCCCGAUCUGCGCUGCCUGACAGCGGGACAGCCGCCUCACAUUUCAUACGAGCUGUUUCAACUGUCGCACGAUGCUCUCAAGAGCUUCCAUGUUACGAUGAGUGCGGUGCGGACUGCCGCGCGUGCUCUGAGCAGCUUCGUUACGGCCAUCGAUGCGGGCAGUGCUAUAAUGGGUGCCAGCAUCAACCAGGCGAUCACCUACGAGAGUUUGGGCCUAACACGACGCCUGCGUUUGGCCGGCCUGCGAUCCUACAAUGAGAACGAGCUCUUCACGCUCGCCUACAUGCAACAGCAUUGUAGCACGACGAUUGCAGAUAAGGAUUAUGCGCGCAUCAAGCCGCAUGUAGAGCGUCAGCUGGCUGAACGCUAUCUGUUUAACGCCACCUGGCAGCAUAUACAAUUUUUGCCUAGCUCUACAAACUGCGCCGUCUCCGAUGUGAGUUGCUCUAAUUUGCUCUGAACAUAAUGCUGUACAAUGCCUAGCAGGAUGGAGUAUAGUUCUUAUCGUAACUACAUACUACAUGUGUUUUUUUUUCGCCGACAAACAUGCGCACAUUGCCAGAUAUAUUUCUUUAGAAUUACAAAUAGUUAGGUAUUAAUAUUUAUAUGCAUAUUUGUAGUUGUACGAGUAUAGUCUCCAUGGAACCUUGACAUAACCUGCCGCCCCUUAUUUACAUCACUCCUGUUGACAUCACGUUUGCCAUCGCACACACAAGGGCAGGCACCCACAGCCAUAUGCAACCAUGCUUAACCUACCUACCUAGCUACAUACCCGUAUCUACUUUUUAAAGGCACUCGGGCUUUUUAAAUUAGUGCAGCAGAGCGAUUACUGUAUUUUUAAAUAUAAGGAUUACAACAUUUGGAUUGGGCUGAAAGUUUUAGGUACGAGUAUUCAACAAUAAAACCAAAAACAAAAGAAGACGAAAAUAUUCAUUCUGAAACAGAUCGUAAAAACGCUAAGCAAGUGUAUAUUUUUCAUUAAAAAUAUAAAGAAACGUUGAAUUUAAACGCGAACGGAAGAUAGUUUGGGUUGUUCUUAUCUCCGCUUAACCUUUUCCGUGUGUAGAACUAGUUCCGAAAACUUCUGCUGAGUCUUUCGAAUGAUAUCUAACAAACUCACGCCCAUUCACAUACACUUACGUACAUUUAAAAAGUAUUUACUCUGUAGUCUUAAAAUAAGAUUUAGAUAAUAAGUUACUAAAUGAAUACGCUCUGUAUAAAAUGAAUUUAUAUUUAUUUAUAUGCCUUUAACAAAGAUCCGACUCAGAAAAUAAAUUUUGCAUCUGGUUUUGAAAA